CACUUUAAAAAGUUCAUGUGUGUGGUCUCACCAUUCUUUCUUUCAACAUCAAGUUGCAAAGCUUCUGAUCUUCAUCCUCUCAUCUGUUCAUUCUACAUUUCUGAAUUUUAACCAGUCCCAGUUCUUAGGUAGAUAUCAAACCACUAAAAACAUACUGUUUUUCUGCAGAAAAAAUCAUCUGGUUUUUUGGUAGUUUCUUCUCAAAUGUUUGUUUCCCUCUACAAGAAGCAAAGUUUUUAACUUCUUCUGCACAGGAAAAAAAAGAGGUUUUUAACAGUUAAUCUGAUUGAAGAUAAAGAAAAACAAUAACUGGGUUUAGUUGAGAUUAGCGUGAGAGUUUGAGGCAAGCGAUUUCACCUAUGGCUGGAGAAGAAUUGGUGGAGCUCAAAUUCAGGCUUGCUGAUGGAACUGACAUUGGUCCAAGCAAGUACAGUCCAGCUACCACUGUGGCAUCUCUCAAAGAGAAAAUACUUGCUCAGUGGCCCCAAGACAAAGAAAAUUGCCCAAACACAAUACAAGAUGUGAAGCUAAUCAAUGGUGGAAAAAUACUUGAAAACAACAGUACAGUUGCUGACUGCAGACUUCUGCUUGGUGAAUUUCCGAGCGGCGUAAUCACGAUGCAUGUUGUUCUUCGCCUUCCUCUGUCAAACAAAAGCAACGAGAAACAAGAUGAUUCUCCAAAGAAAAGCAGCUGUUUAUGCACAAUCUUGUAGCUGCCUAAUGGGAUUGCUGUUGCCACUUCCUUCAAAGAAACUUCCUGUUAUAUUUUAUGUUGAAAAUGCCAAUUCUUCAACAUUGCAAUGUUUUAGGAUUCCAAUUCUGGUGGCAG